AUGAAGAAGAAGUUGAAGCAGAGGAUCGCCACCAUCCCGGUGUAUUCCAAGGUCAAGCAGGCCAGGGCCAAGCGCAAGCACAAGGAGGGCAGCCGCACGGCCUAUCCGCCCGUCUACCUCAACGAACACGAACGCAACAAGCUGAAAUCGAACCAUUUUCCCGAGAAUCGAUUCACCACCUCCAAGUACACGCUUCUCUCGUUCGUACCGCUGGUCUUGUGGGAGCAAUUCUCAAAGGCGACGACCAUCUACUUCACCCUCAUCUUCAUCAUCUCGAUCAUCCCCCAAAUCUCGCCCAUUACGCCAUGGACCUCGCUCAUGGGCCUCCUCUUCAUCUUGGUCGUGGCCGCCGUGCGCGAGGGCUACGAGGACGUGCUGAGGCACAAGGCCGACAGCCGCGUCAACCGGCGCCGCUACCUGCUCGUCGACUUUGAAGGCGAACGGGUCGUCACCAGGAGUCGCUGGCUGCAUGUGGGCAACCUGGUGUACGUGCGCUGCGAUGAACAGAUCCCGGCCGACCUCGUCCUGCUGGCCACCUCCAACGAGGACGGCAUCUGCUACAUCGAGACCUCGCAGCUCGACGGUGAGACCAACCUCAAGCCCCGAAAGGCGCCUGUUCAGACCGGCCACCUCACUCUCAAGUCGUUGUCGGAACUCAAGGGCACUCUGCAGUGCGAGGUGCCGCAUCACGUGAUGUAUUCGUUCAAGGGCACCCUGCACCUCGACUCCGAGUCGCAGGCCAUCCCGCUCGACAACCAGCAGCUGCUUCUGCAGAGCUCGUUUUUGCGUAACACGGACUGGGCGGUGGGCAUCAUCGCCUACGCCGGACCCGAGACCAAGCUGAGCCUCAACCAGAAGAAGCCUCCGUUCAAGACCUCUCGCCUCGACAAGCGCCUCAACAAGUACGUGCUGAUCCUGUUCGUGGUCAACAUGCUCAUCAACCUGGGCAUGGGCAUCGGCGGCGGCCUUUUCGACUAUUACUACGCCGAGGACAGUCCCUAUCUCACCGCUGAUCCCGAUGGCCCGUGGGUUGCCGGCGUGAAGCUCUUCUUCGCCUACUUUGCGCUGCUGUCCUACCUCAUUCCCCUGUCCCUCGUCGUGUCUCUCGAGCUCGUCAAGGUUAUUCAAGCGAGGUUCAUGGAGUGGGACUACGAGAUGAGCACCGAGCGAGGGCACAUGACGGUCAAGACGUCCAACCUCAACGACGAGCUGGCGCUGGUCCAGUACGUGUUCAGCGACAAGACGGGCACCCUCACCGAGAAUCAGAUGGACUUCAGGAAGUGCUCCAUCAACGGCCGCGCCUACGAAAACGCCGGCGAGGGCGCGCUCCGAGGCGUCAUGGAUGUGGCCGGGCGGCAAGAGGCCAAAGAGAUCUACGAUUUCCUGAUCGCCGUCGCCGUGUGCCAUUCCGCCGUGACCGACAUUCACCGCAAGACAAAGGAACUGAUCUACAAGGCGUCGUCGCCCGACGAGGAGGCCCUGUGCCACAAUGGGAUCGUGUUCAUCUCCCGCUCCACGCAGUCCAUCACCGUCCAGGUCAACGGCGACAAGCUAGUCUACGAGGUCCUGUGCAGCAUGGAGUUUACGUCCGACCGCCGCCGCAUGUCGGUCGUGGUCCGCACGCCCGAGGGCGAGCUGAAGCUCCUCACCAAGGGCGCCGACACGAUGAUGUACUCCCGCCUGGGCGACGGCGACGACGAGCUCAAGGAGAAGACCCUGCAGGACCUCGACGUCUUCUCCAAAGAGGGAUUGCGUACGCUGGUCUACGCAGAAAAGAGGCUGACCGAGCAGGAAUGCGGGGCAUUCCUCGAACAGUACAACGAGGCCGCCACCCUCAUGGACGGCCGCGAGGAAGCUUUCGAGCGAAAUCUGAACAUCAUCGGCGCCACGGCCAUCGAGGACAAGUUGCAGGACGGCGUGCCCGAGACCAUCGCCUACCUGCUCGAGGCUGGCAUGCGCGUGUGGGUGAUCACCGGCGACAAGCAGGCGACGGCCAUCAACAUCGGCUACUCGUCCCGCCUGCUGAAUGGCGACAUGGAGUUGAUCAUCAUCAACGCCGAGUCGACUGAGGAAUGUCUGGAGCUGCUGACCCAGCACCAACCGCAAGACAGCGCUGACUACGACGAAAGCCGCACUGCUUCGCAAACACAGCUCGAGAACGUUGACAGUCUUUCCAUUCACUCGCAGAAGCGGAAGCGCGCGUUGGUCAUCGACGGCGGCAGCAUCAAGUUCGCCCUCAAGGACCACCGCACCCUCUUCUACAACCUGGCCCGCAGCUGCCACUCAGUGAUUUGCAAUCGUGUGACGCCGCUGCAGAAGGCCAAGGUGGUGCGGCUGAUCAAGGAGACGUCGAAGGAGGUGUGUCUGUCGAUCGGCGACGGGGCCAACGACGUGGGCAUGAUCCAGGAGGCCAACGUGGGCGUGGGCAUCUACGGCAAGGAGGGCAACCAAGCCGCCCGCGCCUCCGACUUUGCCCUGCACCAGUUCCGCCACCUUAAGCGCCUCCUGUGCGUGCACGGGCGCUACUCCAUGAUCAGGAAUGCGUUGAUCAUUCACUACUCGUUCUACAAGAACGCGGCCGUGUUCUUGGCCCAAGUGUGGUUCGGCAUUUUCUCCGGCUUCUCCAGCCAGACGCUGUACGACGAUUGGGUCAUGACCUUCUUCAACAUCCUCUUCACCGCGUGGCCGCCCAUCGCCGUGGCCGUGUUCGAGACCGACAUCUCCCAUCGUGUCAUCGAAGCCAACCCGCACGUGUACAAGCGCGUGCAGAGCAAUGGGGUCUUCACCAUGUGGUCACUCUGCGGCUGGUUCGCCGCUUCCAUUUACCACUCCCUCGUGAUCUUCUUCGGGGCCUACUUCCUGUGGGCCGACGGGCUCCAGGACACGUCGGGCCUGGACACGGGCUUCUACUCGAUGGGCCACGCCAUCCUCUUCGUCGGCAUCAUCGUCAUCUUCCUCAAGCUCUUCCUCCACGUUAACAACUGGAAUUGGUUGGUCCACUUCACCGUGUGGGGCAGUCUCCUGCUGUACAUUAUCCUCGUGCUGGGCGAGGGCUCCGUCAUCUAUUUCUUCCCCAACCAAUUUUUCGUUUUCUUCCACAUGUGUACCAUGCCAAUCAUUUAUCUAUGGGUCUUGCUGGGAACCGUGGCCUGCCUCCUCCCCGACUUCCUCUUCGCCUAUGUGCAGCGCAACUUCUUCCCGGAGCCGUGGCAAAUUUUGCAGGAAGAGGACCGCCUUCUCAAGAAGCGCCACAUCAAGUCCUCCUCCAAGAACUACGGCUCUCUCAGCGACAACCCGGAGGCGUCGCCGGUGCCGAUUCAAGCCGAGUGGGCGGCCACGGGCUCGGUCAAGGCCGCGGGCACCAAGAGCGGUGGCUACAGUCGCCUGGGGGAGCCCCUCCUCGCCAGCUCCAGCAGCGCCUUCAACGACUCAGAUUCGGACAACUGA